AUGAACGUGGAAGAGGAAGUUGAGAAGCUGAGACUGGAGAUAACGCGGCUUGGUCAACUCCAACCCGACGGCUCCUGCAAGGUAAUCGAAUCCCCUUUUAUUGUGAAUCUUCAGCGUUUCCCCCCUUCCUCUCUUCAGAGAUCGAUUAAUCGGUUCCUCGAUCCCGUGGGAGGAGUAGAUCUGUCUGUGAUUCCUCUUUUGCCGACAUUUCGAACCAAUCGCUCACUUCAGAUUUCUCUGAUGAGAUCCCCAAAUGGCGAUCUCAUGAAGUCUGUGGGCUUGUUCUUUACAUUCUUCCUUGGGUAGCGGAAUCGGAAGCCAGCGUCCGCCUUUCCUCGGUGGGAAUCUCUGUCCGUGAUGUCGAAGCAGUCAUUCCAUGGUUCCCGUCCUGGUUUCACAGGGCGCCUUUGUUGACUUUUUAGCUCUUCUUUGUGUGUUCAUCCUUUUUUCUUGCAUUUAUGAGCUCAUGGGGUCGGGUUGAAUUCUUCCCCAGGUGAAGUUCGGCGUGCUGUUCCACGAUGAUCGGUGCGCCAAUCUGUUCGAGGCGCUGGUGGGGACCCUCCGAGCGGCCAAGAGGAGGAAGCUUCUCGUCUACGACGGCGAGCUGCUCUUGCAGGGCGUCCACGACCACGUCGAGAUUACCCUCCGCCCCCCUCUUCCUCCACCUCCGCCCCCGGCGCCGGCCACCGCCUCCUCCUGA